CUUGUCUACGCAUCCCGGCGGCCUGAGCACCUUGCCUGGUCUGAGGCCGUGGCGGUGAGCGCGCAGAUGUGGUGAGCUCGCGGGAGAGCCUCAGAGGAGCCACCUUCGUGGUCAGGAAUCGAGCUAGGACUCGGCUGGGCCACUCGGGAGCACCUGAGGACCGAUCGAGAGGAGGGAGGGCCAGUGACAAGCCGUCUGCUGAGCCCCAAGCCUCAGCACUGCUCCAGCAGCCCCUAGCUGAGUGGAGCCUCCAGGCGUGACUAGGAACCUCACUGAGCGCAGACUCAGCAGGCUUCUGCAUUUUGCCUAGUGAGGGCGAGCGCUCGUGUCUGACCUGGACACCCCUCCGUUCACCAGGGAGCCUCCCAGGAUGGCUGUCUUGCCGGGUGACCUGAACACGGUGGAAAAGACAAGGAACAUGUCGGCGGCCGACUGCUUCCAUUCUCGGAACACGGUCCUGCAGGGGCAGCCCUUCGGGGGUAUCCCUACCGUGCUGUUCCUCAACUGCAUCUUGUGGGUGGUCAUCAUUUUGGUUUACUCCUUCCUCCGGAAAGCUGCGUGGGACUACGGGCGCCUGGCUCUGCUGAUACACAAUGACAGCUUGACCUCGCUGAUCUAUGGGGAGCAGAGUGAGAAGACGUCUCCCUCGGAUAUUUCCCUGGAGAUGGAACACAAGGACAAGGGCUUCUAUUCCUGGUUCUUCAACACCAUCACCAUGAAGAAUGAAGAUCUGAUUAGCAAGUGUGGAGAAGAUGCCCGCAUCUACAUCACGUUCCAGUACCAUCUCAUCAUCUUUGUGCUCAUCCUCUGCAUCCCCUCCUUGGGCAUCAUUUUGCCCAUCAACUACAGUGGAACCGUCCUGGAACCGAAUAGUCACUUUGGUCGGACCACCAUUGUCAAUGUCUCCACAGAGAGUAACUUGCUCUGGCUGCACAGCUGCUUCUCCUUCUUAUACUUCCUCACCAACUUCAUCUUCAUGACUCAUCACUGCUUAGGGUUUGUGCCCAAGAAGAGGCACCAGGUCACAAGGACACUGAUGAUCACCUAUGUCCCUACGGACAUCGAAGACCCAGAAAUCAUCAUUAAGCAUUUUCACGAGGCCUAUCCUGGGUGUGUAGUGACCAGAGUCCACUUCUGCUAUGACGUCAGGACCCUGAUCGAAUUGGAUGAUCAGAGGCGCCAUGCGAUGCGAGGCCGGCUCUACUACACCGCCAAGGCCAAGAAGAGAGGCAAGGUGAUGAUCAAGGUCCACCCCUGCUCCCGCGUGUGCUUCUGCAAGUGCUGGACCUGCUUCAAAGAGGUAGAUGCAGAGCAAUAUUAUAGUGAGCUGGAGGAGCAGCUGACGGACGAGUUCAAUGCCGAGCUCAACCGCGUUCGGCUGAAGCGUCUGGACCUGAUCUUUGUCACCUUCCAGGAUGCCAGGAUGAUGAACCACGUCCGGGAGGAUUACAAAUACAUCCAGUGUGGUGUACACCCCCAGCAGUCUUCGGUGACCCCCAUCGUCAAAAACUACCACUGGAGGGUCACCCGCGCCCCACACCCCAAGGACAUUAUUUGGAAGCACCUGUCGGUCCGCUGCUUCCACUGGUGGGCCCGCUUCAUCGCGAUCAACACCUUCCUCUUCUUCCUCUUCUUCUUCCUCACCACGCCUGCCAUCAUCAUCAACACCAUCGACAUGUACAACGUCACCCGCCCCAUCGAGAAGCUGCAGAACCCAAUUGUGACCCAGUUCUUCCCCUCCCUGAUGCUGUGGGCCUUUACGGUGACAUUGCCUCUGAUUGUCUACCUGUCUGCCUUCCUCGAGGCCCACUGGACCCGAUCAGGUCAGAAUCUGAUCAUAGUGCACAAGUGCUACGUCUUUCUGGUGUUCAUGGUGGUCAUUCUGCCCUCUAUGGGACUGACCAGUUUGGAUGUCUUUUUACGCUGGCUCUUUGACAUCUACUAUCUGGACCAGGCUACCAUCAGGUUCCAGUGUGUGUUCCUGCCAGACAAUGGCGCCUUCUUCGUCAACUACGUGAUCACCGCAGCUUUCCUCGGCACAGGCAUGGAUCUAUUGCGCUUGGGGUCUCUCUUCCUGUACAGCACUCGCCUCUUCUUCUCGAGGUCGGAGCCAGAGAGAGUCCACAUCAGACAGAGACAGGCCAUGGACUUCCAGUUUGGGCGAGAGUACGCAUGGAUGUCGAACGUCUUCAGCGUGGUGAUGGCUUACAGCAUUACCUGCCCUAUCAUUGUUCCUUUCGGGCUGCUCUACCUGUGCAUGAAGCACGUCACGGACCGCUAUAACAUGUACUACUCCUUCGCACCCACCAAACUCAACGAGCAGAUCCACAUGGCUGCUGUCUACCAGGCUAUGUUUGCACCGAUCCUGGGUCUGUGCUGGAUGCUGUUCUUCUCCAUCCUACGAUUAGGUCCGUUCCACAUCAUCACCUUGUUUUCCCUCUCCACUCUUGUCAUUGCCGUAAUAAUUACCUUCCUUGCCAGUCUUAUGGGGAAACUUCAGAGGGUACCUCUCUAUGAGCCCGAGGAGGAGAUGGAGACCGUGUACGACAUGGAGCCAAGCAGCACCUCCUCCACGCCCACCUCCCUUCUGUACGUGGCCACCGUGCUACAAGAGCCUGAGAUGAACCUGACUCCAGCCUCCUCCCCAGCCCGGCACACCUACGGCACCAUGAACAGACAGCUGGAAGAGGGAGACGAGGAGAGUGGUGUGAGGGGCUUCGCGAGGGAGCUGGACUCGGCCAAGUUCCAGGAAGGGCUGGAACUGGAGGGCCAGAGCCAGUACCACUGACCAGGACCCGAGGCCUCCACCUGGCGACUCCAGCUGGGAGUGGUGGCCAGGGGAGGGCCAGGCAGGAGGGCAGCCCAGACCUCCCCACUACCUCCUGCAGACUUUGGGAAGUCCCCAGCAGAGACAUCUGCCACCCUGGCCAUCAGCUGCGUGGAGGCCCCGACCUGCUGACCGGCUAGAACGGGAGGCGCUGGGUGGUGCAGAGGGACCCCAGGAUGGGAUGGAGGAUACAGGCAAGCACCACAUCUUGGGAGAGAUGGCUGAAGCCCUGGGCACAGAGACUGAAGGCUGGGGAACCUUCCUGGGGUCAGGAUGGAGAAGGUGUGCGUAAGACAGGAGCAAAAAGAAGUCCACCGAAGACUUUCUGGGGUCUUUGCCACCCUUCCACCAGCUGCUCUGCCAAGGAGCUUCUGCUGCUGCUCUGACCCCCUCCCCUCCCCCUCACUCCCAGCCCAUCCCUCCCCUGCAGUCUGAGGAAGCGAAGGUGUGUGUGCUGGGCCUCAUCGACAAGACACCGAUGACCGCCUCAUCCAGGUCGCCCUGCUUGGGGGUUGUAAAGAGAGUUUCUCUGCCGCCUGGAGCAAGGGGCAGCUGAGACCAUAGACCCGAGAGGAAGUGACUGAACCCCGUCCUGUUCUCCUGCCCCUCAUCAGAUGUCCUCAGGAGUCGGGUAGAAGCCCUUCUCCUUUCUAUUCUUGCAAGGGUCGCUGGGAUGUGGUCACUCCGGGCUCAUUAAACGGGACCUGUGUGAGUUUUGAUGAAGGCACCCGCGGCUGGUUACCAUAAGGUGGGAGGGGCAGAGGCAGAAUUCAUGGGGAGGGGGAGCUAAUCCCAAAACACUGAGUGAUGGGAAACCAGAUAUACUUCCCCAAGCCCCAGGGCCUAAUGAGAGGACCCCCAAGGUCAAAGAUGUGGCCACUAAGAGCUGUCAUUGCUUCACACCCACCUGAGGGCCUGAGCCCCAGCAUGGCCAAGGUGGGUGGCUGCUUAGGGUGAGAUGCUCGUGCUUCCACUAAAGGUACUGGCCAUUCCCUGGCCCCUAAGUAGGACCCUCCCUCUCCUCUUGGGGCCUCCCUACACCCUGGACUGAAGACCAUUCAAGUGACCUCCAGUGGGGUCGUGACUCAGAUAUUGCAGAUACACUGCUGGAGGUGUGUGGAGGUGGGGGCCGCACCCUCCAUGGAGGACCCCUUUCUGGCAGAGUAAAGCUGCUCUCUGAGGGCUGCCACCACCGGAGGCCUGGAGGAGCUGAAUCCUGAGUAGGAACGAUGCUGGUGACACGCAGCACCUUUGCCACAGGCGGGGGCCGUGCAUGCCUCUGCCUCUGGGGACAGGUCCCCACCAGGACCACCAGGCAGCCCAGCAGGGCAGGACAUGGAGAAGGGCCAGCUGGGGCCUCACGGACCAGAAUGAGCCAAAUCAAAUGGAGACUGCGUGCUCUAGAACUCUUCUGAGCUCACUCCUCCAAAGGUCUGGGUCCCUGCAGCUAACCUGCUGAAGGUGGGCCCCAGACUCACCUCACCUGGGCAUUUCCCACCAAGUCCCAGGCACGUGGGUGCCUGUGAGCUCAGAUCACCUGGGCCUCAUCCCUGCUCCAUCCUUGCCCACAUCCCAGCUCCAGAAGCUCCAAGCGUCACCCUAGAUGAGAAACAGUGCUCGAGGGGCACACAUUGCCAUCCUCCCAGGGUUUGCCCUAGACUUUGGCAUGAAGGACCUUUCCAGAGAGUCUGAGUCAGCUGGGGAGGAGGCAGUCUUUCCUACUCCUUGUCCAGUUAAGAAUAAGCAGGAAAUUAUAUCCAGCCAGUCCCUCAUAAAUCCAGGCCCUAGCAUUUCACCAGCCAACAAGGGGAAGGGUCUUUUCCACAGCAGAGUGGUCAGGGAUCCAGCAGAGAGCUCCAGCCCAGCCCCAGAGUGUGCACAUGGUGUGUGGUGGGGCAGUGCUGCCAGAAGCUGGCCUGCAGGCUCUCCUUAGCGGGGCACUACUUGCUGGCACCAGCCCCCAGGCUCUGCAGCCCCCACUGGACUGUUCCUGCUGCUUCCUCCACUGUCCCUCCUCUCCCCUCCCCCAGACCACCCAGCAGCCUGUGGAAGGGACCCAACGGACGACAUGGCAGCACAGCUGGGGGCUUCCCCCUCUGAAUUUGGGUUGAGUACAGUCUGGUUCUGAGAGAAGGUGGUGUGAAUAUUUGGAAAGUUCCAGAGUCCACUCACUAGUCUUUCCAGAGACCCAGGGCAACGGGCAAGGCCCCACCAUAGCCGCUCUGCCUCCCAUGGUCACUGUGUGGUGGGUGUGGGCAUGCUUUGGCUCUUACAUGCCAUGUCCAGGCCCUCCCCUGGCACCUCCCCUCUGGCCUGCUCUCUCAGCCCACACCUGUCUCACUCAUUGGCCUCCACCUACUACCAUCCUACCCUAACACCCUACAGGUCUACUUCCCCGCUGCCCUUCCCCCAUCUGUCCGCCAAAGCACCCCGACCCCAGACUUGAUCCUUUUUGGAGGGAGUUGCCUCCGGGGAGGACGCGGCAUUGCCUAGAGCCCCCGAGAAGUGCCCCACUGGGCUUAGAGCAGCUCCACACCUGCCUGCCUCUUCCUCAGACUCUUCUGGAAGCAAAGUGCCUAUCAGCAACAUUGCAUCCUCUGGGGUCUCCAGUGGGGGAUGUGGACUUCCCUUGGCCACCACCACUGAAGGAAUGUGCCAGAAUGCCGAACCUUCUUGUUACUAAUGCUAUGACCGUGCCUUGAAUA